CCCGUGCCGUAUCAUCAGUCAUCUGAACUUUUGGGAAGGUACACCCCAAAAGGUUACCUGUGAUUUUUCGAUGUGUCGGCAUCACGUCCUCUAAAGCAGUAGUAGACAUUCGUCCAUAGCAGUUUCCCAAGUUUGGAUGCGUCUCAAAAUCUCGCCAUACGUGUUUGUUGUUUCUCACAUUGGCUCUUAAGUCCCCAAAAAAUGGGGAGCCCGUGGUCUAAGAGGGGCAUGGGAGGAAUGGAGCAAGCAUCACGUGUGGAUGCUAUCUUUGAGUUGAAGCUAGACACGCUGCUGUAGAUCAAUACUGCUGUGGAACCUUGGAUGAUAGGUUUGGUCAAGCUUACUGACACCCGCAAAGCUACUAUCCUUGUGUGGAGAAGCGGCGAGGGAAAAGCACGCGCGUGAGUCUUGCGACCAACAAUAAUCCGCUCUCGGUUGUUGCCACGUCAUGUGGGCAGGAAGCCUAAGCCUCUUGUCCGAUCUUUUUUAUGCCGAUAGGACAUCUCGCAAAUAUUGUAGGCAAAACGGAACGCUCCCUUGAAAAUACCCCAUUUUUGAAAGCGAUGUUUUGCGUCUCCUGUGCGUUCGCCAAUUUCAACUUGACCGUCGAUGAUGGGAAGGAAAUGCUGAGCUUCUCGCGAUAAUGAUUUCGGCAGGCAUUGUCCGUCGCGGAAAGGCGGAGAAAAUCACCGCUGUUUGACCUUGCUUCCUUCUCUCGUGUGACCCGGGCUGGUCGGUCCAGAAAUGGUUAUGGAAUGACAAGACAUCCAGAAUUGUUAUGGAAUGACAAACACGCAAGUCUGCGCGUAGGGAUCUGGUCCACGCACCCAACAGUCUCCCAACGCAUUCUAGGCACCGGGAGGUGCUCGGAAGGGGUAUGCGUACUUUUCGCGUGCAGGCAGCGCGCUACGUUGGCGAAACAAGGUUUAGUUAGUCGCAAAACGCAAGAAAAUGGGCCUCUGAUCUACGAAACACAGCUCGAUGUGGGCCACUGUGUAAGGAACAUCCCCAAAAGCCCAUCAAAUCAUGUCACAAUUGGCCCACCCCAUAUCUCCGAGUCAUGCCCCCUGGUUGAACCUUGAUGGCUAAACGGAAAACGCGAAAACAUGAAAUCGCUCCCGGGAUGACACCGUACAUGUGCCUACGAUAUUCGUCCCGACGAUGUCGCUAUAUUGUGAAUGUGAAGCUCGUUGUUUUUGCGGUCUGAGGACAGCAGAGUUUGGAUAUCGAAACCUCCAAGCCGUGGCGUGUGGAGGAGGGACUCCCUAUUGGUGUAGCUUGGUUCGGCUGUGUGUCUUACGGCCUCGGGCUGGCGUUUUAUGUUUUCUUCCCUGUCUAGGAUGGCUCUGUUGUGGAGUUUUCCUCUCGGCCACGAGAAUGAAUGAUGAACCGUUUUCCCGACCGAGGUUUACACUCUCAUCGAAACGCCUACCUUUGAGUUGCCGAAACCGCCCGGUAGUUUCCCUCCUUUUGUUCGAUUUGGCCCCGCCCCCAUGAUCGCCGAAAUCCUGUCUCUCCGCCCAUGUGUUGUAUUUUUUUUUUUGUUCCCCGGGGGAAGGCUUGGGUUGGAAGCGGACGGGUAAACCCAAUACCCCGCCUUUCUUAAUUUCCCCCCCGAGAGUGUCUUUUUCAAGAGAAGUCCUGCCUCUGCUCUCUGUCUAUGCUUGAGAUUCGAUAUUUUCCAAGCAUUACAGAACAUCACAUCAUGACUAGCGGUAGGUACCAUUUCCAGAAUCAGCCAACAAUACCCACGCACGGUCCUGCUCCAUCUUGCUGCUUGUGCUCGCAGACCUUGCUCACUGCGAGAGCUGAGCGCAAGCACAACACCACUAUUGUAGGUUUGAAGAACGCCGUGUGCCUCGGGUGGCCGUUUCCGUGCAAUAACCCCUCCGAGUUGUUGAGUCCCAGGGCCUUUAUGCACAAAUGAUGUAGAACAUUGCCCCUCCCCGUGAAAAAUUGUUCCCGCAGGUACUAUGGCAGCGUGUCCCAAAACAAAACCACCCCCUGUCCGGCUCCGUUGCGGCAAUAGUUAUACGAGAAAACUUGCAACCCAUUUGGUAACUUUCCCACGUGGCCUUGCGACUACUGUGCUUGUUU